AUGGUCUCCACGCCCACCGCCUGGUACUCCGUGGCUCUGGCUCUGCUCGUGGCCCUGCACGAAGGAAAGGGCCAGGCUGCUGACAACCCAGAGCCGCCAGAGCUCGCAGCCCAGACCCGUGGCGCCCACCUGCGGUCUCGACGUUGCUCCUGUAGCUCCUGGCUUGACAAGGAAUGCGUCUACUUUUGCCACCUGGACAUCAUCUGGGUGAAUACUGCUGGACAGACAGCUCCUUACGGCCUGGGAAACCCGCCAAGACGCCGGCGCCGCUCUCUGCCAAGGCGCUGUGAGUGCUCCAGCACCCGCGACCCUGUCUGUGCCACCUUUUGCCAUCGAAGUCCUUGGACUGAAGCUGUGUCUGUACCAAGAAGCCAGUCCCUUGCGCAGGUGCCCCAGACUGGCAAGACAUGGGCCUCAGCAGGAGAGCUUCUCCAGAGUCUGAGGGACAUUUCUGCCUCCAAGGUCCACUUGGCCCAGCAACAGCAGCAGAUGAUGACAAAACCCAGGCCUGCACACUCCAGGUGGAGGAAGAGAUAG